AUGGCGCAUCUCCCAGGUCUUGUCGCUAUCGCUGCCUGGCCGAGGGUUAUCAACACUGUUACCUACUACUCUAGCAAAAACAUGAAAACUAUUCAAGAACUUCUGGCUGAAAAGCCUAAUGAUAGUGAUCCACAGCCGGUUCAAUAUGUUGGAACGGUGGAGGCGUAUGAUAAGUGGGCAGAGGUCUACGACACAGAUGGGAAUUUCCUCCAACGCCUCGACACAAUCGAGAUGCGUCUACUACUGCCGAUCUUCCUGGACCGCGUAUACACCCGCUUCCAGGCACAAUCAGGACAAUUGACACUAUUGGAUCUGGGCUGCGGUACGGGGCGAAACACGAUUCAACUACUCGAAGCACUGGCACAGUAUCGGCGCCAGAAUGAAAAGGAUAUUACUUCCCCGACCAAGGUAGAUGUCGUCGGUCUUGAUGCAUCCCCAGGCAUGUUGGAUGUAGCCCGAUCCGCCAUCCAAACCUCCACCCAGCGCGAAGAUCUCAAGUCCAGUCCCGAAGUGACUCUCGACACCAUCGAUCUACGCCACCCUGCCACGGUGCGGGCGCAACUACCUGCAUCCCUUCAGAGUUCAGGUGCAGCCGGUGUGAUUUCCACUCUUGUACUAGAGCACAUUCCAGCGAAGGCGUUCUUCGAAGCUGCCUCUGCCACGAUGGCACCUGGCGGGUAUUUACUGGUCACGAAUAUGCACGCGGACAUGGGAAUGCGCAGCCAAGCUGGAUUCACGGAUCCGCAGACUGGAGUCAAGAUCCGGCCGACGAGUUACUGCCACUCCGUCUCGGAGGUACUGGCAGCUGCUGAGGAGGCCGGGUUCCAGGUGGAGGAUAUAGUUGGCCAGGAGGGUCAGGGUCAGGAUGGGGUUCUGGAACGGGAUGUGGAUGAGCAAUUGGCCGAGAAACUAGGUGUGCGGGCAAAGAAGUGGGUUGGUAUCAGGGUGUGGUUUGGGGUGUGUUUCAGCAAGAAGGCAUAG